AUGGCAGCGACUGGGACGGGGACGGGAGGCGUCGGUCGCGCUUUACAACCCAUAGAUGCAAGGUCUGCUACUUAUGUGGACAUAAUGCGUGGUAAAAGAAAAAUCAACUCUCCAACUCAACCCGGAUUCAAACAGAACACAGAUGCAUCACCGUUGAAAGGUCAAAUCUUAAAAGCUGUGGCAGAUGCAGGGGGAUUACCAUCCCUUGACAGUAAGCAAAGCAAAAUAGGAGCCGGAGGACCUAAUAAGCGCUCACGAAGAGAAAGCAACGUGUCAAGAAAACGUGUCUUGUCCCAAGACGUUGGAUGUGCUACUGAGUUGAAGAGAUUGCCAACUCCAAUCAAUUUGUUUGAAGACGAAUGUGUUUUUUGUCAUUCGUUUAGAACGACCGAGUCGUUUCAUGGUCCAAUGGUACGUUAUCUAAACGGAAGAGUUUUGUCCAUUGACGAGGGCAACUCAUCAAAUGCCAUCUAUGUCCAUAAGGAAUGCAUCGAGUGGGCUCCUAAAGUAUGGUUUGAUGGUGACGUUGUUAUGAACUUGGAGUCAGAAAUUAGACGUGCUUCAGGACUGAGAUGCAGAAGAUGUGGACUCCUGGGAGCAGCCCUUGGUUGUUAUGAGAAGCACUGCAGGAAGAGUUAUCACGUUCCAUGUGCAGUUCAGAUAAUUGAUUGCCGCUGGGAUGUUGCUAAAGGCCAUGUGUUGUGCCCUGAACAUGUUUCAAAGACUCUACCAUGUGAUAAGCUGCGGACACAUAGAAAGGAGAAUUACAGUUCUUCCCUGCGUCAAAGCCAUUGUUCAUGCAAAGAAGAACCUUUCACCAAUUUCGAAGAGGAAGGUCAGCAAUCUCAUUUGCAUAACACCACAAGUUCUUUCUCGCCUGUAGGCAAAUGUGCAGAUAAGGAAGGAAAUCUUUAUGUUCGUCAUAGGGAAACUCAACAAACUGAUCAGCUUAACACUUCAAAUACUUCCUCGUUCCCACAGAGCCAACCUUCUCACAAAGAAGGAAUUUCUCCCAAUAGCUCAAGGGGUGGCAAACAAAUGGAUCAGCUUAACUCCAUGAGUUCUUGCUUGCCUGGCAGCCUGUAUACAAAAAAGGAAGAAAAUUUUGGCAAUCAUCAAAGGAAAAAUCAACAAACUGAUCAGCUUAACAUUUCAAAUCCUUUCUAUUUGCCUCGGAGCCAACAUUCUCAAAAAGAAGGAAUUUCCACCAAUAACUCAAGGGAUGGACAAAUAGUUCAGCUUGACACCUCAAGUUCUUCUUCCUUGCCACUAGGCCAACAUUCAUACGACAAAGCAACUUCUAAGAAUCGUGAAAGGGAUAAUCAACGAACACAUGAGUGUAACACCUCUAAUUUAUCCUCGCCUCAGAGCUGUCAUCCAGCCGAAGGAAUUUCUAUUGCUUUCCAACGGGAGGAAACAACUGCAGAUCAGCCUGACACAUCGAACUGCCCUUCUGAUCAGUUGGUUUUGUCUGGCUUGUCAUUAAGUGUGUCGGAGAAGGAUUUCUUGCAAAACUUUGCGUAUUCGACCAACGCGACGCUGAUGGAAGAGUGGUCAAAAGAUGUGACCCAUGUCAUUGUGGCGAAAGGUGCUGGCAGCUCAUGCAGCAGAUCCUUUGAAGUCCUCAUGGCCAUACUGCUUGGGAGAUGGGUUGUCCAUUUUGAAUGGGUUGCGGGCUGCUUGGGGACGACACUUCCAGUUCCAGAAGCUGCUUACGAGGUAGCAUUCAGCAUGGGUUCAGACAGAACAAUCGACGGACCGAAGAAGGGAAGAAUGCGAGCAGCUGAAGCGGCACCAAAUCUGUUUUCGGGACUGUGUUUCUGCCUGAGUGACUACAUGAACCCUGACAACAGAGACCGCAUGCGAGACCUCAUAGCCACAGCCGAAGGGCGGGUGCUGGAGAGACGCGACCUUCACUUGCAACUAAAAAACCCUGAUGACUCUUCGGUGAAGCCGUACUUCAUCUACGACGUCGAUGCGCCCGCAGAAUUCAGCUCGAGCACGCUGCACAAGGAGAUGGAGGAGGUGAGAGAGCAAGCGGCGGCGGGGGCGCAGGUGAUCUGCCACCUCAAGGUGUUGGAUGCCAUCGCGGCUUAUGACGCUGAGAUUCUGAACGUGAAGGACAGCUUCACGUCGUGA